ACUGUUGGACUGCAGGAACUUCUACGAGAGCAGAAUAGGUCAGUUCAGUGCGUGUCUGGCUCCAGACAUCCGUAAGUUCAGCUACUUCCCCGACUACGUGGACCAGAACCUGGAGCUCUUCCAGAACAAACGGGUCCUCAUGUACUGCACCGGAGGGAUCCGAUGUGAGAGGGGUUCUGCCUACCUGCGCUCUAAAGCUGUGUGUAAGGACGUUCUGCAGCUGAGCGGGGGGAUCCAUAAGUAUCUGGAGCGGUUCCCCGAUGGGUUCUACCGCGGGAAACUCUUUGUGUUCGACGAGCGCUACGCCCUUACAUUCAACGACGACGUCAUCGCAGAGUGUAGGUACUGCAGAGCGCCGUGGGAUCAGUAUGCUCUGUGUCGUCCUCCUGUGUGUGUGUGUGUCUGGUUCUAA